AUGCCAUUUGAGGCUGACAAGCUCUCGCGCGCUGCUUUUGUUCGAAAUAAAUUGGAAGUCCUCCAGCCUGUUAUGCUCUGCAUAUCGACAUCCGGAGUGAAAGUUUGUGAUCCCGAUUGCAAGACUGUUUACAUGGCCCAUGCCUUGCGCCGCAUUUCCUAUGCUACCUGCGAUCCGUAUUCUUCGAAGUUCGCUUUUUUGGCCCGCGAAGCGAAUAGUGAGACACCUUGCCAAUAUUGCCACAUCUUUGCUACAGAGACACAGUAUCAGGCAGAGGAGUUGAAUGCAAUCAUUGGCGAUGCAUUUAAAUUGGCCUACGCAAAGCAACGUCUUCCUCAGCAGCAGCAGGGGUCGGCGGAUAUCCAACUCCCGGCGCUCUCCAGUCUCCAUCCAGUGGAACUGUCGCUUCCAUUAGCUCCAGAACAGACUCUGGAAGAGUCCGCCACCCCCCCGCUCCAAAUUCCCCCACCACCUCCCACUAGUCCUCCAUCCCCGCCCCGUUUCUCAGCUAAUUCACCCCCUCUUACUUUGCAUGAGAGAGAAGGAGAGGGGGAGAGGCAGGGUGAGGAGCCCCACUGCAAUGGGUGA